AUGUCCAUACCUGACUACUUUCAACUGGAGGGCGGUGACCGCAUGCCGCGAAUUGGAUUCGGGACUUGGCAAGCCGCUGACGAUGUUUUGGAGAAAGCAGUGGAUGCUGCUCUGGAAGCAGGAUACCGGCACUUUGAUACAGCACGAGCCUAUGAGAACGAGGCAGCACUCGGGCGUGCCUUGAACCGCUGGAUCGGGGGUGAUCCCGAGCGGAGAAAGCAGUUGUUCAUUGUAACCAAGUUACCGCCGGGAGGAAACAGUCCAGAACGAGUACAGGAGUACUUUGACGCGUCACUCCAGGAUCUUAACCUUGAAUACGUGGAUCUGUAUCUUAUCCACACUCCCUUCGCGUUCGAGCAUGUACCAGGAGACUUACAUCCCAAGAACCCGGAUGGUAGCAUGAAGGUCGAUCAUUCUACCAACCUGCUUGAACUAUGGAAGACAUUGCUGAAAUUAAAGGAGUCUGGUCGUGUUCGCCACGUCGGGGUGUCCAACUUGAACGCAGAGCAGCUAGCGCGCGUGUGCAGCGUGCAGCGCCCCGCGUGUCUGCAGGUGGAAGUGCACGCUCUAUGCCAGCAGCCGGCGCUGGUCGCUGCUGCCAACAAGCUCGGUGUGCCCAUAGUAGCCUACUCACCCCUUGGAUCUAAAGCACUAGCCGACGCUUUAGCUGCUAAAACAGGACGAGAGUACCCUGACCUUCUGCAGUUGCCGGUGGUAACGCGCAUUGCGCAGGUGCACGGGCGCACUCCCGCGCAAGUUCUGCUGCGAUUCACUCUUCAACGAGGCCUUGCCGCCAUUCCCAAAAGCACGAACCCUGCCCGCAUCAAACAGAACAUCGCAUUGUGGGACUUUGAGUUGAGUGAAUCAGAACUGACUGAGUUGGCCGCGCUCGACAGAGGAGAGGACGGACGCAUCUGUGAUUUCGCGUUUUUCCCUGGCGUCGAAAAACAUCCCGAGUUCCCAUUCAAAAAAUAA